AAACGAGUCCGCACGCACGUAGGCCUUUCCCUGCUGAACCUCUCAUUCUCUCCCUCCGUGGCAACGCACCCUCUUUUUCUCUCCCUUUCCGCUCGCUGCUCGCCUAAGUUACGCCUCCUCGUACCCUUCCCGAAAUGAGAAGUUCGAGCUUCACGAGCUAUCAAGUUCAACCAAGCGCUCGCAUCGCGGCCUGACGCUAGCGCGGGUCACUGCCAACGAGGGGAAAGAGAGCAAUCUUCUAGUUGCUACUGUCCCUCCUCUCCCCAGUUUUUGCGCAGCCACAUCCAAGCAGUCUGAAGCGGGAUUUUGGGUCUCAUCCCUGCGACUUUUAGCACUCUCACUCGACUUGGUUUCCCUAGAAUGGUCCUAUGGUGGUACCUUAGAAACAGCUUGUUGACUUAUUCGAGGGAAUCGUAGUUUUAUAAGUCCUGGGCUCGACUCAUGCUUCGAGUGGAGGAGAAAGUCGUACAUGCAAAGUAGUACCUGCGCAAUAGGAGGUGGUUCUUGUAAGCAUUCGCUCAGUCCCUAAGCCUGCUCGUUAGAGAGCGACCCGAAGCAGCUGCUAGGAAAUUGUACCAGAAUAGAAGGCGAUGGGCUGGCUGAGUUGUUGCGGAGACGCUUCUAGCGCGGACGAUCUCCAUCAUAGAUGGCGAAAGGCGUCUUCAGGGCGCACCGCCGUCACAAAUCCAAAAGUUGCUCCCGACAUUGUCGAAGGUAUGACUCCAUCACCCUCUUCUAGAAAUGGAGAAGACGAAAGGUCUCAUGGCGAAACUGCGACUAAGGCCGACGCGUCGCUCCGCACGGACCGAAGUGCGAACUCGCCAGAGCAGGAUCAGUCGCAGCAGCAGCCAGUAAGCGGCAGCAGCAGCAGCAGCGCCAGCGGCAGUGGCGGCGGCACCAGAUCGAUUCAAACUUCGUCUGUCUCCCGGAGUGAGGACGGGGGAGCAGCGGUUCCGUCGGGUGGGGAGGCCGGGGUGACGGAAUCUGGAACGGAGAACAUUAACGGCCAAACUUCUGCUACAGCUGCAGCCGCCGCUUCCGUUGAUGGCGAAAUGCGAAAAACAGACGGAGAGUCGCACGCGAGCGAUCCAACGUCGCAGCCGUCGCAGCCGGUGCCGUUUAAUCCUCUAGGAGGGGUAGCACCGUCGAUCGCCGCGCAGACGUUCACGUUUCGCGAGCUCGAGCGGGCGACAGGCGGGUUCUCCAAAAAGAACUUCGUAGGAGAGGGAGGAUUUGGGCGCGUUUACAAGGGAAAGCUGGAGUCAACUGGCCAGAUCGUCGCCGUGAAACAACUCGACCGUAACGGGAUGCAAGGCAACAGAGAAUUUCUCGUGGAGGUGCUCAUGCUGUCGCUGUUACACCACUCGCACCUCGUGAACCUGAUUGGUUACUGCGCCGAUGGCGAUCAGCGGCUAUUGGUGUACGAGUUCAUGGCGAACGGCGCGUUAGAGGACCACCUUCAUGACUUGCCGGAGGGAAAAGAGCCGCUGGAAUGGAACAUGCGGAUGCACGUCGCUGCAGGAGCGGCUAAGGGUCUCGAAUAUCUACACGUAAAGGCGAACCCUCCAGUAAUUUAUCGCGAUUUCAAAUCGUCGAACAUUCUUCUCGACGAAUCAUGGCAUCCGAAACUCUCCGAUUUCGGCCUCGCGAAACUGGGCCCCGUCGGCGACAAAACGCACGUUUCUACGCGAGUUAUGGGAACGUACGGGUACUGUGCACCGGAGUACGCUAUGACGGGUCAGCUUACAGUGAAGUCGGACGUGUACAGCUUCGGUGUAGUGCUUCUGGAGUUGAUUACGGGGCGCAGGGCAAUUGACAUGCGGAGGCGGCACGGGGAGCACAAUCUCGUCGCCUGGGCGCGGCCGCUAUUCAAGGAUCGGCGGAAGUUCCCCGCUAUGGCGGACCCCGGGCUUAGAGGGCGCUACCCCAUGCGCGGGCUGUACCAGGCUCUGGCGGUCGCCGCCAUGUGCCUGCAGGAACAGGCCGCCCAGCGACCCAUGAUUGGCGAUGUCGUUACCGCAUUGAGCUACCUCGCCAACCAGCCGUUUGACUCAGAGAAGAUUUCAAGGCUGCCACCUGGCACGCCUCAGCACAACGCAAUGGACCGCCGAAGCAACUCAAGCGGGGGCGGAGGGGGCGGCGGAGGGGGGGGGAGGAGGGGGAGACCGCAAGGGCUCCCGCUCCCCCGCCCCUCACCACCAUCACGGCAGCGUGAGGCGUUCAGCCCUGUCCCCCAUGCAAUCCCCAGAUGUGAGGCACAUGCACCAUAACCACCACCACCCCCUCAACCACCACCGGUUCUCAGAACGGGGCGAGGAGGAUGGAGGAGGGGGAGUUGGUGUUGCUGGUGGUGGUGCUGUUGGGUCAGCUAGCCCGAUGAGAGUGAGGGGUGGAGGGGGUUACAGGGAGGCGCCGGUAGGGUAUAGGGAGAGCCCGGGACAUGGGGUGGGGAGUGGGGGCAGGACGCCCAAAAACCAGAAGGGGGGGUAUGGGGAGAACUGGCGGGCGAGAGGAGGUGGAGGGGAGGAGAGAGUGGGUGGAGGAGAGGAGGGUAGGUGAGAGGCGGUGAGGGUAGUGGGGUGAGUUGGCGCACCAUUCUCUCAGUUAGAGCAUCGGAAUGCAUGUAGUGAGGGCUCGUUAUGGGUUGGUGAAGGGCACAAGGACGAGUUUUGGAGUGCCAUGGUGCCAUGGAGAGGCAGUGAAGGAGACACAUCCCGAUGCACGUAUUUUGGCAGGGCACGGAUUUCAGCAGAGAAGAAGUGGAUUUGAAAUGGCGGGGGCAGCCAAGCCAAGGGGGAGCUAGUGUGGCAACAGAGCGUCCACAUGACAAGCACGCUCAGGCAACAGGUCCUUUCUUAAAACAUGUAACUCGCUUGUUCUCGUUCUACGCUCAACCUUCAGGAAAAACCGGUUGUUUAGAUAGUGUUCAAGCCUGGUCGUUUCUUGCAUAAGCAGGCCUACUCGUCAUGCUAUCAGAGGGUAUAACUGAAGUUCGGAUGUGAAGUAGUUCUAUGUGGAUCCACAGUAGCAGUGCUAGCUUUUGUGGAGUGCUGGAUGUGGAGUAGAGGGUGUGAUUUGUGUUGUGGUUUAUCUAUGCUUUCAGGCACAAACAGCUCAAGAUGUUAUGGUAUU